AUGAGUCCCCCCUCCGUGUACGGUCCUGCGAGCGCGGCCCUGCCGGGCAGCAGCUCCGGCCUAGAUGCGAACCCCCUCGCUGAGUCGUCCAGCGUCGCCGCCGCCUCUGCCGUCAUCGGGCAGCAGGACUUGGACGGCGACGACAGCACCAUCAAGACGGUCGACGAGCUGGUGCGCCGACGGGUCCGCGCCUAUCCGGACCGCGUAAUCGUCUCAUACCCGUCGUCCGGCAUCAACUACGUCGACUACACAAUGAGACAACUCGACGUCUUUGCGUACCGCGUCGCCAAGCUGUACGAGCAGCGCAUCCCCAGCCGCCUCAGCUCCAACGAGAAGCCCACGACGGUCGCCGUCCUGGGCCCUUCCAACUUUGACUACCUCAUCACCAUGCUGGCCCUGACGAAGCUCGGCCACACGACGCUGUUCCUGUCGACGAGGAUCUCCCAGGAGGCCAUCGAGUCUCUGAUUACCGUCACCGGCGCCCAGUACCUGCUCGCUGAUAAGAGGUAUCUCGAGACGGCCGAGGCCGCCAAGCAGACGCUGCCGCAUCUCGACGUCUUUGAGAUUGCGGGCCAGACGGCCUUUGACUUCCCCAUCGAGGUACACGCCGACACGCGUCUUGACUACGGCCGCGAUCUCUCGGUCGAGACGAACAAUUUGGUCUAUGUCAUCCACUCCAGUGGCUCAACUGGCCUACCAAAGCCCAUCUACCAGACGCAAAAGUCGGCUAUUCACAACUACUCCAGCAGCAUGAACAUGAAGGCCUUCAUCACCCUGCCUCUGUAUCACAACCACGGCAUCUGCAACCUAUACCGGGCCGUCUACAGCGGGAAGCCCAUUCACCUGUACAACGCCGACCUCCCCCUGACCCGGGAGCACCUCACCAGCAUCAUGCGGAAGCACAACUUUGACAUCUUCUACGGCGUACCUUACGCCCUCAAGCUCCUCGCCGAGACCGACGACGGCAUGGACCUGCUGCGCCAGCUCAAGAUCGUCAUGUACGGUGGCUCGGCCUGUCCCGAUGACCUCGGCGACACGCUCGUGAACAAUGGCGUCAACCUCGUCGGCCACUACGGAGCAACCGAGGUCGGACAGCUCAUGACGUCCUUCCGCCCGCCCAACGACAAGGCGUGGAACUAUGUCCGCGAGCACGACAAGCUCACGCCGUAUCUGAAAUGGAUCCCUCGGGGGCCCAACCUGUUCGAGUGCUGCGUGCUGCCGGGAUGGCCGGCCAAGGUGGCCACGAACCAGGACGACGGGUCGUACUGUACCAAAGACCUCUUCGAGCCGCACCCGGCGAUCCCCGGCGCGUGGAAGUACAUCGCCCGGCUCGACGACACCAUUGCCCUCGUCAACGGCGAGAAGUUCAACCCCGUCCACAUGGAGGGCACCAUCCGCUCCAACAGGAACAUCACCGAGUGCGUCAUCUUCGGCGUCGGUCGCCCGUCCCUCGGCGCCCUCGUCGUCCCCGCCCCGACGCUGGCGGGCAAGACGGAGGACGAGAUCCUCGACGUCGUGUGGCCCGUCGUCGAGGGCGCGAGCCGGUCCGUCGAGGCCUACGCCCGCGUGUCGAGGAACAUGAUCAAGCUGCUGCCGCACGACUGCGCCUACCCGCGGACGGACAAGGGCAGCGUCAUCCGCCAGGCCUUCUACAAGAGGUACGCCGAGGACAUUGACCGGGUCUACGACAGCGCCGACGCCAGCAGCGGCGACCUCAAGAGGAUGGGCGUCGACGAGCUCAAGGGAUUCGUCCGGGACGGCAUCGUCCAGACGCUCGCCAAAAAGGUCCAGCUCGACGACGACACCGACUUCUUCUCGCUCGGCCUCGACUCCCUCCAGGCCAUCCAGCUGCGGUCCGACAUCCUGCGGACUGUCGAUGUCGGCGGCAACAAGCUCGGACAGACGGUCGUGUUCGAUCACCCGUCCAUCAACAAGCUGAGCGCGUAUCUCGCCAGUCUCGGCACUGGUGAGGGCAUCGAGGCCGAGGCGCCCGUCGAAAGUGAGAUGCGCGAGCUGAUUGAGAAGUAUGGCGAUUUUGCUCCUGUUGAAUCGGCUCCCAGGUCAUCCAUUGCCGUCACCGGUGUCACCGGCUCCCUUGGCGCUCACAUCGUCACCAAGCUGGCCGCCGACCCGUCCGUCAAGACCAUCUACUGCCUCACCCGUGCCAGUUCCGACGCCGACGCCGCCCGCCGCGUCAAGAGCUCGCUGGUCCAGCGCCGCCUCUAUCACGCCCUGCCCGCGGCCUCCCGGCGGAAACUCGUCGCCCUGGCCGCCGACCUCGCCGACCCCAAGCUCGGCCUCUCGGACGACGCGUACCGCCAGGUCAAGCAGGAUCUCCGCCUCGUGAUCCAUGCCGCGUGGUCCGUCAACUUCAACAUGCGCCUCUCGAGUUUCGAGAAGAGCAACAUCGCCGGCGUCAAGCACCUCAUCGACCUCUGCAGGCAAGCCGGCGGCGAUGACGCGGGAUCGUCUUCUUCUGCCCCGGCGUCCUUCAACUUCUGCUCGUCCGUCAGCACCGUCGUCCGCUCCACGACGCUGCCCGUCCCCGAGUCCGUCCCGGAUCUCGAGUGGGCACAGGGCAUGGGCUACGCGCAGUCCAAGGUCGUCGCCGAGCACCUCUGCGCCCGCGCGACCAAGGCCGGCAUCAAGGCCCGCGUCUUGCGCAUCGGUCAGAUCGUCGCGGACACGCGCCACGGGGUCUGGAACGCGACUGAGGCCAUCCCGCUCAUGCUCCAGACCGCCAUCACCGUCGGGGCCCUCCCCAAGCUGAGCGAGACGCCCUCCUGGCUGCCCGUCGACACCGUCGCCCAGGGCGUCGUCGACAUCUCCCUGUCCGAAGCGGACGGCGUCUUCGCCAACGUUGCGAACCCCAAGAUGUUCAGCUGGUCCGACGACCUGCUGCCGGCUCUACGGGCCGCCGGCCUGGAGUUUGAGGAGGUCGAGCCCAAGGAGUGGGUUCGCCGCCUCCGCGCUUCGAACCCGGACCCGACGGCCAACCCGCCCAUCAAGCUCGUCGACUUCUUCGCUUCAAAGUACGACAAGGACGAGUUCGCGCCGUCCAAGACGUACGUCACCGACAACGCAUGCUCGCUCUCGCCGGCACUCGCCCAGGCGCCCGUGCUGGACCAGCAGCUUGUCGACAACUUUGUGAGGUACUUCAAGACCAACCACUGGGUCAAGCAGGGCCGCGACGCCGUCAAGACGGUCGUCAUGGUCGCCGGCCCCUGCGGCAGCGGCAAGUCGACGCUUGCCACGUCCCUGGCAUCGUGGCUCGGCGCCCCCUUUGUCGAGGGCGACUCGCUGCAUUCCAAGGUCUCCGUCGAGAAGAUGGGUGGCAACGUCGCCCUGACGGAUGAGGACCGCUCGUCGUGGCUGAACCGCAUCGGCAAGAGGGCGCUCGAGGCCCUCGAGGAUCUUGGUUAUGACUCGGUCGUCGUCAGCUGCUCGGCCCUGAGGAAGGCGUACCGCGACACGCUGAGGGAGGCCGUUGCGAAGCGCGACGGCGUCGACAUCGUCUUCCUCGACCUGCAGUGUCGUCCGGACACGCUGGUGCGGCGGAUCAACGAGAGGAAGGGUCACUACAUGCUUGCGAGCAUGGUCGAGGGGCAGGUCGAAGUGUACGAGGCCGCCGGCCUCGGAGAGUUGGACGUCCUCCCGGUCGAGGCUGAAGGCACGCCGGAAGAGGUCUUCGAGGAGUCCAAGUGGCUGCUCGGACAGAUCGGAAUCGACUCAUCCCGUUAG